AUGGUUCCGACGAGAACGAUAGGUAUUUUAAGUAUACAGCAAAGAUGGGCGUUCGUAUUUAUUUUAGUGUACGCUUUGGUUGUCUUGACUUUUUGUGAGGGAAAAACGAUGAAAUACCAAACCUAUGAAGAAGAUGCUUCCGACACGGUAAUCGGAAAUCUCGCCAAGGAUAUCUCCAUAAAUCCCUCGUUGGGUAACAAGAUCAGUUUCAGGAUGAUGAAACAAUUCAACGCUUCUUUUAUCAGACUUAGAGAAAGCGAUGGACAGCUUACAGUGGGGGAACGGAUUGACAGAGAGAAAAUCUGUAAGCACACGUUUCUGUGCCUCCUUUCCUUUGAUGUUGUUAGCUUUUCCAAAGAACAGUUCAAAUUAAUACACGUCGAAGUGGAAAUCAAGGACAUCAAUGACCACUCUCCCGAGUUUCCCAACAAGGAAUCUACCGUGGAAAUUUCUGAAAACUCAGCAGUGGGUUCCAGAAUUCCCUUAGAUGUUGCCGUUGACGAGGAUGUGGGCUCAAACUAUAUUCAGAGCUACCAAAUUUCAGUGAACAGUCAUUUUACAAUUGAUGUGCUGAUCAGAGCGGACGGGGUUAAAUAUGCGGAGCUGGUGCUAAUGAAAGAGCUUGACAGGGAGACCCAGUCUUUCUAUGCCCUCGAGCUUGUUGCUACCGACGGCGGGAACCCUCCCAAAUCUGGUUCCACACGGAUAAAUAUCAAAGUUCUAGAUUUUAAUGACAACAGACCGAUUUUUGACCAGAACAAUUUCUCAAUUGAUCUACUUGAAAAUUCGCCGCCUGGGUUCCUUUUGUUGGAUUUAAACGCAGUUGAUCCUGACGAGGGUUUAAACGGUGACGUUGUCUAUGGAUUUGGAAAUCAGGUAUCUUCUGAAAUCAAGCAACUUUUCAAAGUGGACCGUAAAUCCGGACGAUUAACACUUGAAAGCCCCAUCGAUUUCGAGAACAAGAGAACGUACGAAUUAGACGUACAGGCGUCCGAUUUAGGUCCCAAUCCCACCCCUUCCAUUUGUAAAAUAAUUAUUCACGUACAAGACGUGAAUGAUAAUGCCCCAGAAAUCAGUAUUACCCCCAUGACCUCCACCACAGCCGGCUUCGCAUACAUCAGCGAGGCUGCAGCCAAAGACAGCUUUGUGGCUCUAAUCAGCACCUCGGACAGAGACUCUGGCGCUAACGGGAAGGUUCACUGCACGCUAUACGGACACGACCAUUUCAAACUUCAGCAGGCUUAUGAAGACAGCUAUAUGAUCGUUACAACGGCGCCAUUGGACAGAGAAAGGAUAGCCGAAUAUAAUUUAACCGUAGUAGCCGAAGAUUUGGGAUCCCCGCCGCUCAGAACCAUAACCCAAUAUACGAUUAAGUUAAGUGAUGAGAACGACAACGCCCCUCUGUUUAGCAAGCCAGUGUAUGAAGUUUCGGUGGUAGAAAAUAAUGCUCCAGGAGCGUACAUCACCACAGUUGUGGCUAAGGACCUUGAUUUGGGGCACAAUGGUAAGGUGGUUUACAAGCUUUCGGAUACUCAUAUUAUGGGAUCUCCAGCCUCAACAUUCGUAUCUCUUGAUCCAGCUACAGGUUCAAUCUACGCACUGAGAAGUUUCAAUUAUGAGGUCAUGAAGCAGCUGGAUAUUCGAAUCCAGGCAAUCGACGGGGGUGUGCCUCCUCUGCACAGUAGCACUGUCAUAAAUCUAAAAAUAGUUGAUCAAAAUGACAAUGCACCCACCAUUACACAACCCGUCCUGAAUAAUGGAUCUGCUGAAAUACGUCUGCCAAAAAAUGCACCUUCAGGUUACAUUAUUACCCAGGUAAAGGCUAGGGAUGCAGACGAGGGUGUAAACGCAGAGUUGUCCUACGUUAUUACCAAGGAGGAGGCGGACGACUUAUUCUCCAUUAACAAAGUCACGGGGCAAAUCCAUUUAAAUCAUGAAAUCCAUUUCAGUGUUAAUGAGACCCUAUCAAUUUCAGUCACUGUGAGUGAUAACGGGAGACCUUCAUUGGCUUCCACUGCUACAAUUCACUUCAAUGUCACAUCUGGGGUUCCCUCAAUCGACCACACCAUGGUCAAACAAAACACUGCGGAAGACCCCGCGCAGUGGGACACGUCAAUCAUAAUCAUUGUCAUUCUAGCUGGGAGCUGCUCCCUCCUUUUGUUGGCCAUAAUCUUAAUCGCGACUACCUGCAAUCGCCGCAAAAGACAGAAGGAUAGUGGCGGUUUUCCAGACGAAGUGAACAUACCGCACUUGGAAGGAGCGAAAAACAACGGCGACUCAUUGAUCUCUGGUCACGGCACCGACAUGUUUGAAGUCCGACCGUAUUCACCCUUGACGCAUUCCAACGCGGCCGCCAGUAACCUGUGUGAAGAGGACCGCCAAACUACGCAUGUCUAUGAGUCUGAAAAUAGGACAAGGGUCUCAAAAUUUGAGGGCUAUUCCACACUACCUGGGUACAGAAAGGAAGCUGUCAGACCAAUAACAAUAUGGAAGGGGAAUUCGUAUACAACGAUCUCAGCAAGGGACCCUCAGUUCAGUGGAAAAGAUAGCGGGAAAGGUGACAGCGACUUCAACGACAGCGAUUCUGACAUCAGUGGAGACGGACUCAAAAAACACGGUCCUCCAGGUUAUCUUCAAAGUGGUCUGUGGGGGUGCACGAGUGAGUGUAAGGUCCUCGGCCAUUCGGACCGAUGCUGGAUCCCAUCGGCAGUGAGCCCCAACGCCAAUCACCCUCCUCACGGACAGCAACUCCCCGCAUUCGACAAGACGGCAUCGCUACCACGUGACAGUCUAAGACGAGACAACUAUUACGAGGCACACAUACCGAAGACGGUGGGCUUGCAGAGCGUCUACGAGAAGGUUCUGCACAGGGAACACGAUUAUGUUUUAGUUUCUACACCACGACCUGUCAGGGUACAAGAAAUGAACGAGAUUACAAUCCCAGUGUAUGCGCCGACAAUGCAAUGCUCCAACAAUCACGUCUAAUAUAAUCAAUAAUGAAAAGAUUACUGAGAAUAAAUAGGAAAUGAUGCCACGAAGCAGGGUUUUAACUGAUGUAUUUGUCUUUACUAAAAAAAUAUAGGUUAAUAUUUGUGUGUUUACAUUUGAAAAUGUCUGUAAGUCGUUAUUUGAUUGUAUGCAGUCGGACUUUAUUAAACAUACUAUGUAUAUUUUAAAGAUUUUGUAAAUACAGAGCAUAUUUUUACAACAAUGAAAGGCUAAAUAUAUGUAAACUAAUCUAAUGUAUUAUUUGCAAUUUUCAAACGCAUGCUUACUAUUUAAAGGAGCCUGAAUUCAUUUUCAUGCUUAUGGGCCUUUAAGGCUAUAAAAAAAUAUAUCAGUCUGAUAACACCCACACAGAGUUCAUAUGAGUUCACUUUGGCCAUAGUGGACUCAUAAAAACACUGUAAAAGUUUAUUUGACACUGAACAUUUUACUGUGCAGUGUGAACAUUUUGGAAUGCAAUAUGUGACAGUGUUUGUUUUAUAUUUGUAUAAAUAAAGCUUGAAAUAUCAUUUUA